AUGAAAAGGGAGUUAAAUGAGGUUUAUUAUGGUGUCAACAAAGAAGAUGUGCAUGGAUUUGAGAAUAUUAAUAUGGUGCCUACUGAUUUUGAUCCUAUGGAUGAUACAGAUAUUUGGCUAAAUGGAAAUUUCUCUAAUGAUUUUACUUCUCUUCAAGAUUUUCCAUGCAUGUCGUCUUCAUCAUCAACUUCCAAUUCCCUUCCUACUGAACAAUCUGAUCCAUGUUCUAGUUGGGCUGUUCAAAAAUCUGAUGGUGAUGAACAAAAUUUCGACACAAUUAGUGAUCAAGAAUGUCUAAAUGUGAUGGAUUUAAUUGACGGGGAUCAUGAAUUUCUUGACCCUGUGAUCUCUUUUUUCCAUAGUGGAGAAAAUCAACAACAAAAAGAGCAAGCAAAUGAUGAGCAAGUGUCUAUUUUUCAAGGGGAUAGUGAGCUUGCGCUUAUGUUUUUGGAAUGGUUAAAGCAAAACAAAGAUAACAUUUCUGCUGAAGACAUGAGGAGUAUUAAGCUUAAACGUUCGACAAUUGAAAGCGCGUCGAAGCGAUUGGGAAGUACUAAAGAAGGGAAAAAACAGUUGUUGAGGCUCAUUCUUGAUUGGGUUGAACAACAUAGAUUGCAAAAGAAACAAAUGAGAGUAGAACAGAGUAUCCAAAACUCUGCCCCUUUUAACUUUAAUAAUCCAAAUGCUUGCUUAUAUAAUGCCUCGUUCCCCGAUUCGUCCCCUGUAAUGACAGGGCCAAUACAGGGGUACAUUGGUGAUCUGUAUUCUAAUGGAUCUUUAUUCGCGCCUCCUUAUAAUCAAACAAUGAGUGGAAGUGCAACUUCUCGGUCUUGGUCUCCAUCGCAAUUUACAAUGGCGACCGCUUCUCAAUACAAUCCAUUUCCUGAUAAUGAUAGUACUGAUAAUGUUGCUAUACCUGAUCAGCCUUUAUUCAGUGCUCAAUAUGAUCCGUACCAAGUUUUCGAUGGGAACAGUGAGAGAUUGGCAAGGUUGGGCACUUGUGCUACUAAAGAAGCUAGGAAGAACAGAAUGGCUAGGCAGAGACGAGUACCGUUGCAUCAUUAUCGCCAUCAGACUCAGAAUCAAAGACAAAUUAGUAAUGAGAAAAGUGUAAUGAUGGGUGGAAAGAUUAAUAAUUGUGCAAUGUCUCGAGCUAACAGUCUAGGAAAUUGGGUAUAUUGGCCUUGUGCUGCUGCUGCUCCGCCAAUCGCCAUGGUUCCAUUGGCUGAUACUCCGCAAGCACUUCCUAUGGAGAGGCCAGCGGUGCAAUCACAAAAACAUGGUUCGACAGACAAAAGACAGGCUUGCAAAACAGAGAAGAAUCUCAAAUUUCUCCUGCAAAAAGUGCUGAAGCAAAGUGAUGUUGGCAAUCUAGGAAGAAUUGUGUUACCAAAGAAAGAAGCAGAAAGUCAUCUCCCCCAACUUGAAACAAGAGAUGGAAUCUCAAUUGCCAUGGAAGACAUUGGAACUUCUCGUGUUUGGAACAUGAAAUAUAGAUUUUGGCCAAAUAACAAAAGCAGGAUGUACCUUCUCGAGAACACAGGUGAUUUUGUCCUAGCUAAUGGACUUCAAGAAGGUGAUUUCAUUGUAAUAUACGCCGACAUAAAGUGUGGCAAAUAUUUGAUACGAGGAGUAAAAGUGAGGCCGAAUGGAGCAAAAUCAGACAGCACGCAGCCAGCAAAGAAAAUCGUUCGUAAAAUAGCUGCUGUUGAUUCAUCUCCAUUUGCACAAGCUGUUCGAUAG